UCUAAAUUCGCUGGCGGGCAGCAUAUUCUUUUACUUGCGCUUUUAAUUUGUCUAUAUGUUUGUUGUGAUUCAGCCAACUAUCAAGUAGAGACUUUGAAUGGAACUCGAGUCAGCAUGGGUGAGGGACCACAUUGGAAAUAUCCGAAUUUAUAUUAUGCCGAUUUGGAUACUGGACAAGUGGUGCGAUACGAUACAAUAACAAAAAGGACAUACAAAUGUCAAAUAGUAAAUCACCGCAAAGUUUCUUUCAUCAUCCCUUACAAAAAUUCCGAUACUUUAUUUGCUGUUGGUCUAAACCAUCUUGCUGCACAAAUAUACUGGGAUGGCUUAGCGACAAAGUGUCAUGUGAUAAAGCGAUUAUUUGAGGUGGAAACAGAGAACCCACGCGAUAUACACAACUGUUUGAAUGAUGCGAAAUGUGAUUCUAGAGGACGUCUCUUUACUGGCACGGGUAAUUGUGAUUUCGACAAUGCUGGUGUGAACGAUCAUGGACCAUAUAGAAAUUUAUAUAAAUUUGCCGACGGUAGAUUAGAGCGUAUUCUACCCAAUGUUAAUCUCUCAAAUGGUAUGGCUUGGAAUUAUAAACGUAAGGAAUAUUAUUACAUAGAUAGCGGCCGAAAUGAUAUUAUACAAUUCGAUUAUGAUUUGGAAACGGGUCGAACGGCUAAUCCAAAGGUCGUAUUUCAUUUGGAUACAAGUGAGUUUCCUCCAAAUUUCACUGGUUGGAUUGUUAUGGACGGCAUGACCAAAGGUACAGCUGGUUAUCUGUAUGUUGUUGUACACGGUACCAAUAAAAUUUUAAAAAUUUGCACCAGGAAGUGGAGAAUUGUCGAACACAUUGAAACACCGUGUCAAUUUAUAUCUUCAGCUACCUUCGGUGGUGUGACACUCAGAGAGCUUUACGUUACAUCUGUAGAUUUGCAAAAUGCGACAACUCCUUGUGGUAAGAUAUUCCGAAUUAGGGGUUUUACCGCACGAGGGGAUCCCAAUGAAUCUAUUAGUGAUAUUUGAUUGAAACAUUUGUUU